GUAGUUGUAGAACUGGAUGUAGUCGUGGUACUGGUGGUGCUAGUCGAACUCGGGGUGCUCGUUGUUGUUGUUGUUGUUGUAGUUGUAGAACUGGAUGUAGUCGUGGUACUGGUGGUGCUAGUCGAACUCGUGGUACUACUAGUGCUGGUGCUAGUUGUUGUUGUUGUAGUUGUAGUUACCGAAGCACAAAAUCUAAAUUCUUACUUGUACUUGUUGUUGUUACACCUAUAAUAGAAGAAUUUUUUUGUACAGCUUAUAAUUCAAUAUAUUUACCUGUUUCGAUCGCCGUUGAUAGACCGAAGAUAACUCCGAGAGCGAUACCGAGCGCCAUACAGGUUAGUAAACAUGUAAGAAAAAUGAAAAAGCCAAUCCUUCUUCGACGCCUGCGUUUUUUUUUCUUUUCCGGUUCGUCCUCUGGUUGAAUGUUAUUCAAUCUUAAAAAGAAACAGCAAAUGCUAAGAGCUACGUUAAAUAAAACAUAGACCAAAACAAACCCAGUAGGGGAAACUUCUCUUCCUGUUGUUUGAUCUAAUUUCCAUGUUACGCUAUUCCAAGAAUAUCGAUAUCUAUUGGUAUAAUUAUGCCAAGAAAUGCUGCUUGCUGAUAAAUUAUUAGAAGGAUGAAUCCAUGCAUCAUCCCAUACACUUUUACCAUGAUCUAUAUUACUAGAUGACGACAAUUGUGUUAAAUCCAAGUUGCUUGUUUCGGUAAUCAAAUUACUAGCCGAUCGAAUAUGUGAUUCAUCCCAUACGCUUAUUCCGUGGGACGAAUCAUUGAGCGCACGAAUUUCUGGCUCAUCCCAAAUGCUUCUCCUAUGAAAACUUGCGCUAGCCGUCUGACGCUGUGGUACAUUCCAUAUGCUUUGGCGUGUAUCUGGAACAGUGGACGAUUGAGUUCGAGAUUGAGAAUGAAUGCUAGGAUGAACUUUUGCAGAGAACGAAUGUUCAGGGAGAUAUUGACGAAAAUUCAGUGAAAUAGCUGAAGGUGAUGUUAAUACACUCUAAAUCAAAGUACUAUAUAAAGCAUAUUUGAAAAUGAGUAUAUGAACUCACCUUUUUAUUACCCAUGACACUCGCACUAAGUAAAGUUAUCAAUAAAAUGCAAUCAACAAACUCAUCGAUAUAAGGAAACAAGCAUUCGUCGUACGUAUUGUUUCAAAAUCGAUUCUGAAGUAAAUUAUGCCUGCCCUGACAGCAAAUACAACAGAGUGGUGUGGAAAAUAUAUGCAACAAAUCAGCCCUGCACAAGUGCGAUUCAAAGACUUACAAAAGCCUUAUUUCAACCAUUGCUACAUUGAUUACAAACAUCGUCACCCGGUAGAAAAAAAAUUAUAAGUUUUCGAUCCAACGUUGUUUGGCUGAUUACUGACAUCGUUACUGAAUCGAAAAAAAAUUUUUUUUUUCUAUUAAAUCACUGUUACAGAAGCUGUUUCUUGUGCAAAACAAAUAAUAAUAGUAUCUUGAUUUGAAUACGAGUGAGUUGCAGCAUUAUCGCAGAAAAAUGUCUUAAAAAAAAUAUAUUAAAAUGCUUAGUGUAGUUGAUUUAUUAGAUUCAUGUCACUUUUCUCUUAUAAAUAAAAAUAGUUGCAAAGCUAUUCCAAUAUUCUAAUCUUAACGGAGGCGCUCAUAAAAAUCAAUAAAAAAAACGCCUAGUUCAAUUACUUCUUUUUCACAAAUCAAAAACAGUACAAACACGAAAGUCAGACUCUGCUGUGCAGAUGUAACGUAGCAAUCUAUAUCGCGACAUGGCAUAAACCCAUACUCAUAAAACACCCACAAGACAUAUAAGAAGUCGCUACGAUAACUGUGUGAAGCCGUUCAUGACUUUCCAGUAAACUGAUAUCAAUUUCUAUAUCGUUGUCCCACGUUCUGUCAAGGGAGAAAUAGGAAAUAAUGGAGAUGAUUCCCAACAAUGUCAACCAUUGAUAUGCGUAAGAAUGCCAUAGAAACUUCAGCAAUCUAUUUUCAUACAUCCUGUGUAUGUCUCACCUACUCAGUAUGCCAUGGAAUCUCGACGAACCGAUUUUCUUAUAUUCUAUAAGCAUUUCUCCAAAUGAAUGCUGCGAAGUCUUAACUGAAUAGACUGUUGUAGCCCUGAUAUUGACACAAGAUAGUUCGCCUAGUCAGUAUUGGAGGAUAGAAAUUGUAAUAAUGUCUAAUGAGUUAGGAUUUGUAUUGAAGUUGUUGCAAAUCAUAAUUGAACAAAACAUGAUAGAGAGAAUUUCAUCUGAUUGUUAGAGAAAGAGAUGUCUACGAUGAAUUUACAUACGAUCACCUCGUAAUUGAAGGAUUAGUUUUA